AUGGAAGAAGCUAUUCAACUUGUGAAGAAAUCUUAUCCACCAGCUCAUAACGAAAUACCUGUAAAAUAUUUAUUUCUAUCAAAGUAUGGUCAAUUUCCACAGAAAAUACGUUUAUUGCCUGUAGAAAAAGAAAAAGGAUCACAAAUAGUAUUCCAUGUUAAAACUGUAUUAGAUCGACUUAGCGAUCAAUAUGGUAUUAAUAAUGAACUUCCAAUUAUUCGACGAUAUUUUCAUCAAUGUUCAAAGAAAUAUUAUACAACUCAACAAGUUGUAUCAUUAUCUAAUAUCAAUGGAAUAUUAAUACAUUUAAAUCAAUGUCAUUGGGUAAUUAAUUAUACAAAUAAUUCUAAUAAAUCGAUUGAACCAGACUAUGUACAAGAUCAUCAUUAUCUGGUUGUUGAACAAAUUUAUUUAUUCUAUUUAAAUGAACAUGAAAAUCUUGUACAAAAACUUGCUCACGAUUUAAUUCAUGAUGAUACAUUAAGUCUUAUACAGCCUAAAGUAGUUAAUUUAUGUUUUCUUGGAAGAUACAAAGAUACUUGUAAUGGUCCUGGAUCAUUUUAUACAAGAGGAAAUACAUUGAUAAAAAAACCAUAUAUCAGUAAUUUAGCUGUGAGUUAUGGUGGACAUGAUUUUCUUCGUGCACAUAAUAAAACUGUUACAUGGUUAAAUAAAAAAGAUACGAAUGGUCUUGUACUCUUACAUGGAGCACCUGGAUCAGGCAAAACACAUUACAUACGUUAUUUACUUAACUGUAUCGUAAAUACAACAGAAAAAUCUAUUAUCUAUUUUCCAGCUGAUAUGAUUAAUGAACUUACAAAUCCUGCACUUUUACUUCUAUUAAUUGGUAUUCCAAAUUCAUUAUUAAUUAUUGAAGAUGCAGAAUCAAGUCUUACUCGAACACGUGCAUCAAGUCAAGCAGUAUCGAAUUUACUUAAUCUUUCUGAUGGUCUUUUAAGUGAUGGUAUUCAUAUUCAAAUUUUAGCUACAUUUAAUUGUCCAUUAGAAUCAUUGGAUGUUGCUCUUUUACGUCCUGGACGUCUCGUAGUUCAAUAUUGUUUUCCAGCAACAUUAAGUAUUGAAAAUGCACGAAAUUUAGCUGAAUCUAUUGGUGUUUCAAACAUAGAUCAGAUUGAUCAACCACUUCCAUUGGCGAAUGUAUAUGCUAUGAAAGAUGAAAUCGUUAAUGAACAAGAACAAGAUGAAGGAAUAUCUUUUUCUUGUCGUAAAUGUUCGUCGAGCAAGUAUUGUGAUGGUGAUGGUGAAGGUGAAGAAGAAUAA